AUGUCUCUGGAUAGUCUUAAUGGUAUCCUGGAAGGGAUUGGCACUUUAGAUAUAGAUUACUUCCCCGACAAUGAAAACGAUGUUGAGAUCCCUAGGUAUUCAUCUAGUAUGAUUUCGAGUUACACAACUGCUUUCAACUUGCAACAUCUUGAAGAUAGGCCCAACUUGAGAAACAUUAAAUAUAAGGCACCAACUGAUCAUUUAAACUGUCCAAUAUGUCAACAGCCAUUCAUGCAACCAUUAACCACAGUAUGUGGGCAUACUUUUUGUAAAGAGUGUAUUUACGAGUGUUUGAAAAUGCAAUCUAUGAGAACCAGCAAUAGAAAUAGUGAUAUAGAUAAUCCGGACCCCGAAAAUCUUCAAGGUUCAUGUCCACUUGAUCGUACUCCCUUGGAUUCAAGCAAAACGAAUGAUUUAUUUCCAACCCCUCUCAUUGUGGCAAACUUGGUAGAUGAACUUGAAGUAUUCUGUUUAAAUAACGAGAGAGGCUGUGAAUGGACAGGUUGUCGAUGGGAGCUAGAAAGACAUGUUAUGAAUGAUUGUGGAUUUACAGGUGUAUCUUGUAAUGGUACUAGAAUAAAUGGAGAAAAGUGUUCAUUAUUAGUGGAAAGAAGACAUCUAAAGGAAGAUUUAAAACAAGAAGAUGAAUCCGAUGAUUUACAAGAAAAUAAGAAUAAUUCGAACCAUGAAUGUGCUCACAAGAUAUAUAAUUGCCAGUUUUGUUCUGUUGAAAUCACUAAAUUGACUGAAGAUGAUCACUUAUCAACUGAUUGCAAUUUCAAUUAUACGUCUUGUAAAUUAUGUUUGAAUGAUUUGAUUCCAGUCAAAAAUCUUACCCAGCAUGAGGAGAAUUGCUUCAAAGUGGGCCACCUUAAGUGUCCGGCACACGAAAUAGGGUGUGAUUGGGUGGGAAACAACGAGACUGCAUUGGAAAUUCACUUACAAAAAAAUAACUGUCAAUUAAGCAACCUUUUACCAUACAUGAAGAAGCUAAACGAAAAAGUUGAUAAGUUAUCAACGGAAAAUAGUUUUCUACAAAGACAGAUAAAUAAAAUACUUGAUCUGAUCAUCCAAGGAAAAAUCACUAAUCUUGGUUAUCAUGAGCCAAUGGAAGAAAUCAAUAAAUUCAGCUCAGAAUUAUCAAAUCUUAAUAGUCAAGAUAAGAUGAUAUCUUUGAACUGUGAGUUGGAUAGAUUAAAAUUUGAAUUGGAAGAGAAGAUCUUACCCUAUAUUAAUAAGGAAUCUUCUUCCAGCAAGGAGAGAGACACGAUUUUAAGUAAUUUGGUUAAUGAUUCAUUCAUGAUGAAGGAUGACCUAAACUUGCAAAGAUUACUUAUGAACAGUUUGAGGAAACAAUUACAGUUUAUGCUAUUUACGAGAAACCCAGGAGUUCCAAAUGGGGGAUUCCGGCCAAUGGGCAACGCUCUGCCAUAUUCAAAUGCGUCUGAAAAUGAAAACCAAGACUUCUUUGAUAUCUCAUCCAGAAGUAACUCAGAAGAGAAGCUUAAUCUUAAAUUAUAG